CCAAUUGAACCGCUCCGUAAAAACCCCAAAAUUCCCCCCACAAAGUUCGCACGUGUAACAAAUUUUGCGCGCGUGCGGAACUGACCCAAAAGAUACAUUUCCCGUUUAACCACAUCGCCGGCUACAGUCCCUUCCCAUUUGCACUGCAAAGGAAACACAGAGUGAAAAAAGAUAGUUUUUUUUUGUUUGAUUUUCCAGAAAAAUGUGGAGAAGGCUGUUGACUUCACAGCUUAAACCCCUAGCAACUGCUCCACGCCGAUCGGCUCCUAGAACGGCGCCGUUUUCAUCCAAAUCCAACGUUUCAUCGUCCCCGCCUUCCGUUUAUCUCCUCACUCGCCACUUCUCCGCUGCGUCAGAUGAAAGUGUUGUGAAGAAGGUUGAGGAUGUAAUGCCCAUCGCCACCGGUCAUGAGCGCGAGGAGCUUGAGGGAAAGAAAAAUCUUGAAGAUGUAAACAACCCUGUUGGCCCUUUUGGGACAAAGGUUAGUAUGGGUUGCAAAUGUCUUUCAUGGUGUAUUGAAAUUGAGGAAUUCAUAUUGGACCGUGUGUGCGUCGUCUUAUAUACAAGCAAGGAUAGACGGUUUCCGACUUUAUCUAUUUGCUUAAAAUUUGCCCCUUUUUUCUGUUUGUAUGUGAUUUCUGCAUGGCUUUAA